CGGUCGCGGACCCGAGGGCAGACCCAGGAAGGCGGCCCGGGCCGCGGGCUCCAGCCGGUGCAGCGGGCUCCCGGGGCGCCCGAACCUUCCAGGCCGAGGACUCGGCUGCAGCCAUGGGCUACCAGGCGCAGGGGCCCGACGUGCCUCGGCAGAGCCACCUAGAUGACAGAGAAGCUCUCAUUUCUGAACAUGAGCACAAAGGGAAAACUUGUCGUCAGUGCACGGCUGUUUUUAAUGUUGUCAACUCGAUUAUAGGAUCUGGUAUGAUAGGAUUACCUUAUUCAAUGAAGCAAGCCGGCCUUCCUCUGGGAAUAUUGCUUUUAUUUGGUGUUUCAUAUAUUACAGACUUUUCCCUUGUUUUAUUGAUAAAAGGAGGGGCCCUUUCUGGAACAGACACUUACCAGGAUCCCGACACUUACCAGUCUUUGGUCAAUAAGACCUUCGGCUUUCCAGGAUAUCUCCUCCUCUCUGUUCUUCAGUUUUUGUACCCUUUUAUAGCUAUGAUAAGUUAUAACAUAAUAACUGGAGACACUUGGAGCAAAGUUUUCCAAAGAAUCCCAGGAGUUGACCCUGAAAACUUGUUUAUUGGUCGCCACUUCAUUAUUGUGCUUUCUACCGCUGCCUUUACGCUGCCUUUGUCCUUGUAUCGAGAUAUAGCGAAGCUUGGAAAGAUCUCUUUUCUUUCUACAGUUUUAACAACUCUGAUUCUUGGAAUUGUGAUGGCGAGGGUAGUCACAUUGGGUCCAUACAUACCAAAAACAGAAGAUGCUUGGGUAUUUGCAAAGCCCAGUGCCAUUCAGGCGCUUGGCGUCAUGUCAUUUGCAUUUAUUUGCCACCAUAACUGCUUCUUAGUUUAUGGUUCUUUGGAAGACCCCACAGUAGCUAAGUGGUCCCGCAUCAUCCACGUGUCUACCUUGGCUUCUGUAUUUAUCAGUAUUCUCUUUGCUGCAUGUGGAUACUUGACAUUUACUGGCUUCACCCAAGGAGACUUAUUUGAAAACUACUGCAGAAAUGAUGACCUGGUAACAUUUGGAAGGUUCUGUUACGGAGUCACUGUCAUUUUAACGUACCCAAUUGAAUGCUUUGUAACUAGAGAGGUAAUUGCCAAUGUGUUUUUUGGUGGGAAUCUUCCGUUGGUCUUCCACAUUAUUAUAACAGUGGCUAUCAUUACUGUGGCCAUGCUUAUGUCAUUGCUGAUUGAUUGCCUUGGAAGAGUUUUAGAACUCAGUGGCGUGCUCUGUGCAGCUCCACUAAUUUUUAUCAUUCCAUCAGCAUGCUAUCUGAAACUGUCUGAAGAACCGAGGACACACUCAGAUAAGAUUAUGUCCUGUGUCAUGCUUCCUGUCGGUGCCAUGGUGAUGGUUGCUGGAGUCGUCAUGGCCAUCACAAAUCCUCAAGACUGCACCCACGGCCAGGAAAUGUUCUACUGCUUUCCUGACAAUUUCUCCCUCACAAAUAUCUCGGUUUCUCAUUUUCAACUGACAACACAACUUCCAGUUUUAAACAUCAGUAUUUUUCAAUGAGUCGACUGCUUUAAAAAGUAUAUAUGUUUUCAGAGACCUCUAAACUGAUAACAUUCACACGUUUUAGUCACACCAUGCAAAACAAAAUUAUUAUUUUGACAUUUAUUGAGACUUGGUUUUCUUUAAUCUUUAGUCCAAUAUAAAAGAUUGAGAGGAAAAGAAAAUUGAAUGUAUUUUUUUGUUUAUUGCUUUAUUUUUUUUUAAUUAAUGUUUUAAUGACUGUGCUGCAUUAAUCUUAUUUGCAGGAGGAAAAGUGAAGCGCAUGGCCCUUGCUGCCAUCCUCUUAAAGCAUUAUUCUUUUGUUCAAUAGGUGAGCCAACAUACUGCACUCUAAAAUACGUAGGUGAUUGUCGGUUGGAAUUUUGUGUGUGUAUCCUUUAUGAGAAAAAAAAAUUGUGUCUUUUAAAGUUUAUGGAAUCGAAGAGAAGGGAAACUGAAAACUAUUAAAGGGAAUAGACAUCCCAAGAGCAAAGUGAAAGUGUCCAUUAUAAUCUCAGCAGAUCCCUUGUUUAGAGUGGAGUGAAUCCCUGGAGAAGUGAAUAAAGUUCUUCCCAUGUUAAAAAGCAUGAAUAAUAGACUAUACAGAACAAGAUGUGUGGAAAUCAGGAUUACCUCUCAAGUUUUGAUCCUGUGGGAAUACAAUGGUAGUGCCAUUAAAUAAAUUAUAAAGCAGGGGGGAAAGAAACCACAAGUUGUUCUCAGGCACAAGCCCAAGAGAUCCAUUAUGUGUCAGCUUUGGACCUGUUGAAUUUCAAGUUCUGGUGGGAGCAUACAACUGGAAAGCUGAGCUUGGAGACUAGAAGCUUGCAAGUAGAAUCAGCGCUACAGAAGAAGUAUUCUCACUCCACUGGGAUCCUCAGAGAGAUUCUUGUUGACUGGAUUCUCCAGAAGCAGACACUAAGAUGGAGUUUGGCAUGCAGGGUGUUUAUUAAGGUUCCUCACUUACAGAAGAGAGGCAGAAAGCCGGAUCAGGAGGGCAAGGUGAACCACAAUGCAGGCCAACAAAGCCUCAGCCAAGUCUGUGGGAGACUGGAAUAUAUGUGACCCAUCAGAGCUGUCCCUGUUCAGGAAAA